AUGGGGCAAACACAUGAAUUGGGAACGCGUUUAUGCCAUGUACCUCUUACUUCCGCUCUAGAUGCAUCAAUCUUUGUCCCAUUCCCAGGACUCCCUACUACCCCUCUCCCCACUGAACGUGAUGCCCUUCUCAAGAUUUUGAGGCGUCAUCACCAUAGAGUUCGUGCAAAUAUCGUCAAAGCUUACGUGAUUGAAAAGGAGAACUUGCUUGAAAAAUUCAAAGAUGAUAUCGCGAAGCAGAAGAGUGCUAUUGAGGGUAGUAGGAAUGGAAUCACUUCCCGUCCCACUGACGGAGAACGCGCAGCUUCUAUCCAAGAAGAUGCGUGGAAAAGAAGGAAUGAAAAGGAGCUUGAAGAUCUUCGCUGGUUGAGAGGUCCGAAAUGGUUGUUACUUUUGCAAGCGGAGGAUAGAAAGAAUGGAGUUUUGUCGGUUCCCAGGGAGGAAUUGAAUAGGAGAAAGGAGAGGUUAGUGGAGGAAAUGAAGGGACACGAGAGUGAAGAGUAUGAGUGGGAUUUCGAGAGCUCUUGUGACCCGGAGCCCGGCAGCAAUAGACAGGGUGGGAAGGAUCAUGAAGGAGAUUUGGUGAUGGGGGGAAUGAAUUCGUCAAAUGCAUCACCGACUGAACUUUUUACAUCGGCUAAUACCAUUACACCUUUUGAGAUCGAAGAAAGGCUCAAUAAGGAUCUGCAGAGAUUGCUUGAAGAUGCGAUUAGUAAGGUGAAGGAGUAUGAUAACCAUGUAAAGCCUUUCGUGACGAGAUUCGAAGAAUCGUUGGACAAAGGGAUCCUCGAUGGCAAUGGAACGGACAAGGUUGGAGGUAUCUUGAAGAAUGCGCGACUGAAAUUAAUUGUACCAAGCCCAUCUGAACCUGUUGCAGGGAUAUUGAAAAGGAAGUCUGUUUCAAUGCAAAGUCCCCGGGAUACGCCAGUUGGUAUUCUGAAAAAAUCAACUUCGAUACAAAGUCCUUUGGAGAUACGUGGUGGCACUUCAAAGAAGUCAGUCACAAUUCAGACUCCAUCCGAGAACAGCGCCAGGCCUUUAAAGAAGACACUAUCAAUUCAAAUUCCACCCAACGCCGAAAAGGGUUCUCCGGACAGAUCGCUGGUACAAAGUCCGCAGGAGUAUACUGGCAGCGCUCUAAAGAAGGUCCGUCUUGACGACCCAUUCUGGAACCCCACGAGUCGAAGCCCGCACACGAAUCCUUCAAACUCUUUGCAACAGAUCUCUUUUCCAAUGAAUCCACCGACAGGUCCAGAAAGUCCUGGUGCUUCAAGGCGUCCUUCAGAUCCUUUGGAUCUGCCGCAGAAUCCUACUACGCCAGGCGCUCCCGAAGAUUCCAAUAAAUUCACACCCCGCCCCCAUCACUUGAGUCCGGUACAUAGUCCACCUUCGUCGUCACGGUCCUCCAAUUCGUCCACUAUGCGAGGUGGCGGACAUUCGCCAAUCUUUUCUACAGCUCCUACAGAUCAGAAGAGCAUCGAUGCUUUAGUUGGCAGAACCUUCAUAUCGUCAACUACCUGGUAUCCUCAAAGUGGCAAUCAUUAUAAUUUGGAUAUAAUGACGGGCGACGAAAUCGAAGUUUCUAGCCAUGUAAUGGGAACCGGGUAUAACGCAUUCAAUUUGACUUCACAUAAGGCAGGACAAAUCAACGUCAAAUACUUUUUACAGGAUAUCGAGCACAGCAAAUUAAUUGGUAAAACUUUCAUAUCAUCAAGCACUUACGCUCCGAGAUAUUCCAACCAGUUUUACGAUUUAGUGAUAAAUCGUGGCGAUGAUGUCACGAUCAUAAGGUUCCACUCCGGCAGCGCAUAUAUAGGUUUCAAUACGACAUUACAGAAGACAGGUAAUUUUAACGUGAACUUUUAUGCGAAGGAUAUUGAAGAUAGCACCCACAUCGAGAAAACUAGCAAGUUGUCCAGUUCUAAAGGCAUCUCCAAGGAUAGCAAUACUUCAUACAUUGGCAAAACCUUCAUUGCAACAGACACCUCGGGUCCGAAGAAUGCCAGAGAUGUGACUACCCUUAAGAUAAGAAUUGGCGAUGAGAUUAAAAUUACCAAGUACGCUUCUGGAGUGAACUAUGUAGGGUUCAACGAGAGAUCAGGAAAGACAGGCCAAUUUGACAUGGAUCGUUUCUGUAAAGAUGUCGAGCGUUCUAUCAAAGAAACUGUUGGCAAUGAGCUUACAGUAGCGAAAUCUCAACUUCCUAGGGAUCAUUUAGGUGUUACUACUCAUGGAGCCAAGGGCUAUGCUAAAGACGAAUCUGGAGAUGACCGCCAAAAAGACCUCGCCGUACAUGUUGGGAAAACCUUCAAAUCAACACAUAACUGGGUUCCAAGACACCGUGAUAAGACUGAUGAUUUGGAGAUCAGAUAUGGGGACUAUAUUGAAAUCGUCAGUCAUAACUCGGGUACCAUGUAUGAAGGAUAUAACCUCAGAACACAAAGGGUGGGACAAUUCAAUAUUUCUUACUUUUAUGUAGAUAUUGAUCCGCUCGAUAAUAUUGGAAAGAUCUUCACAGCCACAAGCAGUCAAAAUACCUCGGAUUUGACUGCUCUCACGAUUAAUAUUGGUGAUGCCAUCGAAAUAAUGGAGUUUGUUGGGAAUGGUGUUUACACCGGACAUAAUUUGAAAACUGGACAAACUGCUGGAGAUUUCUACAUUGAUCAAUAUCGGGAUGACAUCGAACGUGGCCAUCUUGUAGAUGGAAAUUGGGACGAUCUCGAGCCUCUUGAUUGUAUUGACAAAAUCUUCACGGCAACAAGCGCUCAGAGCCCUCGAGGUUCUUCAGAUAACACGCUAUCAAUCUCCAUUGGCGACGAGAUUAAAGUCACAAAGUUCGUCUCAGGAUCAACAUUCCGUUGCUCCAACAUAACGACUGGCGAAUCCGGACACGUUAAAUUGGUGUAUUUCCGAAAGGAUAUCGAGGCUGCUAGCAAGCCUUCAGAACAUACCGAGGCAGCUGACAGAUUUUUAAAUGACAUAUCUUCGAAUAUGGAUCUUGAUCCUAUUAGCAGAUCUUCAGAGCCCACUACUGUUAAUAAUGAUAAACAAUCUGGUAAAUUCAGCUUUUCAAUCAAGGGGGCUGGACAGAAAUCUUUGAAGGGACAGGCAGGUGUUGGGAGAUUGUUCUAA